AAUGCUGCUCGAUUACACCAGCCAACAGGGCAAUGCGGUUUCAUACCAUCCUUCGGGAGAACGCGAUAACUGUUCCUUAACUCGUCGUAGACAUCGCCCUGAUCUCCCAUUGGAGUGUCCACUAGACCAAGGACGUCUAGCGCGUAUAAGCCCUCGUAAUCUGCAGUUAAGUUGACAGCAAGGUACACUGACGAAAGAUCUGUCUCUGCUCCAGGUGACAUCAGCGCCCAACCAAAUCUCAUGAAUUUGGCUACAGGAUCUCCACGGCAGCCAACACGCAAUCAUUUGCUCCCAAAAUAAGGUGGACUGGUAGCUGAGACUUUUCGUCAUCUUCAUCCAUGUGUACCCAUCUCAGGUGUGGGUGUUCGGCAAGAACUUUCUCGUAGUGGGGAUUUUCCAAUAGAAGCAAUUCUCGCUUAUCGAUUCUGGUCACGCUAAUGUCAAGUUGAAAGUUAUCUGUCACAGCAUGCAUUGUCACAUUAAAUUCUUGCAGUGUUUUUGUGGUUACACCCAUAAGCAUUGCGAUUUGACGUAAACCAGCUGUAUUUGGCCGAGCUUUAACCAAUUUCAGGAAGGUUGAAGAGCAAUAGGAGUGACUCGCACCACCGUCCAGAAGUGCUCGAAAUUUGUAUCCCUCAACCCUCAGUACAACAACUGGAUGAAUGACAGCUGAUUCUCCAACGUGAUUUGCAGUCAUGCCUGGUUCACAUGCCGGCAGUAACAUUUGCGUUUUUUCACAGAUUGACGUGUGAUGUUUUCCCUUGCAAGUGUGACAAGAUGUUUGGCUCCCCCAUAGUGCUGCUCUGUGUGUGCCCAUACAAUUGAAGCAUAGACGUUUAGAAGCAAGGAUUGAUUUUCAUUGACUCACGACAGUAACUUUGGUGCAAUUUACGGCUCUGUGUUCCGUGCUUGUACAAUAAACACACCCGCGUGGGGUAUGCAUUCUUUCCUCUCUGUUGAAAAAUGCCUUCUGUUUACGACCACCUUGUAAGGGGUUAUUAAUUGUCCAUUUCUCUAAUGUUUCCAGAAACUCCUUGAAGGUCCAAUCGCGCCAGUUCCCGUCAAUUAAGGUGAGCUCAUUUUUUAUCACCUCAAGCUUGUCGAAGGUGAAUCUUGCGGCCGCGUCAAACUCAUUUAGUUUCUUGAGUGUUAGUAAUGACUCCACAUUAAACAGCAGCUUCUCCUAAUAAUCGUGUAUGUUUGCCACAUCUCAUUCUUGAAUUGUCAGCAGCUCGAGAAUGUUCCUCACAUACGCUCCUACAACUUCGCUAGUUUGGCCAUAUCUUUUCCUGAGUAGAGCUUUGGCUUUGAGGUAACACUCUUUGGUGAAAGGUAAUCCAUCAAUAAGUUUCUGUACUUUCACAUUGACCAAUUCUUUUAGGUAAGAACAUUUUGUGGUGGCUGGUUCACUGGUACCGUCAAUUUGGGAAGAAAAUUGACCCGAAAAUCUGACCCAAUCUUGUGGGGUUCCCUCGAACUUGGAAAUGACAAACUAAGGCCUUUUUCAUUUGCAAUCCUCAUGGCUGACGCUCCUCCUGAUAUACUUGCACUCUCGUUUUCCUUCAGUGAACUGAUUUGUUUUUGGUUUUCCAGUUCAAGUUUCAUCUUCUGUUUUUGAAACUCCAACUGUUCAGCCUGUGCCUUUGCUGCUGCUGCUUGCUCUUGGUUAAGCUUUUGUUCCCUGAGCAUUUUCUCAUACUGCAUGGCUUUGGUAUGGGCUUCUAACGCUUCGGCAUCUUGUGCAGGAGCAAUCAUGCUCUUCAGGUGUUUUGCAAUCUUUCACGUGCAUUCGUCAUCUGUUUCAGCUAGCAAUUCUUAGGCUUUUGCACCCUAUACGGAAACCUCUUCCUCUGAUUCUCCUUUACUAAAUUUCUUUUCCUCGAUACUCUCCUUUUGUGUGGUUACUGCUUCUGUGAUAUUAGGGAUUGAGGCUUGAUGCCUCUCUAAGGCUUCUUUGUCACCCUUGGCAAUAAUCAGUCUUCUUUGUUCGAAAACUCAAGGCUUUGAGUUUUUCAUUAAGUUCACUGAUCAUCUUUUCCAUCUUGCAGUUAAUUGGUAUCACUCGCGGUCCAUUUAUCAGGGGUGCCAGGUUUUGGAAAUGGAAAAACACACGAUAUUCUUGGUUUCUAAUUUAUUGGUUGGUUACAUGACAGAAAAAUCUCUCUCACUCAAGUAAAAUUUGUUCUUUAAAGAUAUAUAAUACCACACAUACAUUGUUUCACUUAUCUAUCAGAAAACCUGUCAAUAUGCCCUAUACCGGAAUGUUUCAAUUAUGUCACGAGAUUCGGCUCUUCUCAGCUUGCGUUAACUACAACUUGCGUGUCUCACUAAUAGAGCUCUUGACAGAUUCAAUAGCACAAAUGGAAAAUGCGAUAAUAAUCAAAUAUUACUGACAACAGUUUUCAACAGCCUGUUUAUGAUCUUGUACUUGUGAUCCCCCAUCCACCCCUUAUAAAAGUUGCUAGUGAUACAAGGCCAUGCUCAAAACAUGGAGGAACUU